GGACCAUUCUCCCGCAUCAUCAGCAUCAUCUCUGCUUGAACUUUUAUUUUAUUUACUGAAGUGAGAAAAUUGUACUAAGACUAUUUUUCUUCACUGAUCCCUCUUAUUCAUACCUUUUUAUGUUUCAGAGGAUCAGUUUGAUCCACGCGUAAAGGUCCUUGUUGAGUGAUUUAUCCAUCAGGUGGAGGUCCAUUCUCCUUAAUGACAGCAAACUUGUCUAUUUCAAGGAUUUAAAGGAAAUUAUUUGAUCUUAUAAAAAGCAGCAACACUUUGGGAAAGAUAUUUUUGUUGUGUGUUUUUAAAACUGGAUCUAUGUGUGAGAGAGACACACUUUGCUGUCUUUUGUUGGUAGAACUGUCUUAAUGGAAACAUGACCAAAGGCGCAAGAGGACCGGUUCUCCUGAACACCCUCCAGCUGCUCCUGCUGCUGCUUCACGUCCCGCCGGCGUGUCUCUCCGCGCAGCGCAGGCACCCAGCGCGUUAUUUUGGCCACAUAGCUGAGAACUCCCCAGCUGGAACCCCUGUGGAUGGGGUCCUCAUCCCGCUGGAAGCCGGAGACUGCUCCGGAGCGGACCUCCAAAGCAGCCUGUACGGGAACUAUCCUUCUGAUUUCAGGAUCGUUUACUUCGCUGGACAUCGGGACUCGGCUGGACAUUUGACUUUGGUGUCCGCGAAGCCUUUGGACCGAGAGUUUAUAGCGAUGUACGAGCUGACGGUGGAGCUGCCCUCCAGGUGUCAGAGGAGAGCAGCGGUGGUCCAGGUCGAGGUGUCCGACGGGAAUGAUAAUAUACCCCAGUUCACCAGCGGGAAUAAAACGGUGGAGGUGGACGAGCUGGCGCCUCUUGGAACCGUGUUGGCUCGCUUUGACGCAAAGGACGGCGACGCGGAGAGAAAUGGACGCGCAACUUUUUACGCAUCACCGGAGUCCGGUUUGCUUUACGUGGUUCCACAAACAGGUGAGGUGAGGCUGGUCGGGUCCCUGAUGGGGGUCCGCCAGCUCAGCCUGCGCCUCUACGUGAAGGACGGCGGGGAUGUGGCGCUGGUCGGUCAGCCGGUGUUCCUGAGCGUCAACGUCCGUGGAUCCGGCAGAGCGCGCCGGAGACCCCGCGCUCUGUCCCAGGACCUGACCUACACGGUGACCCUUCCGGAUCACAUCAGGGUGGGAGAUCUGGUGUUCACCGUGCCGGACCAGAGGUUCGAGCAGCGCUGGUUUGAGGUGAUAUCCGAGGCUGAGUCUCCCGUUCAUAUCGAAAGGGACUCGGGGCGCAUCUACCUGGCGCGCAGCCUGCGGGAACCUGCGGAGGUGACGGUGAAGAUCCAGAACCUGCGAGGUGAUGAAUGGUACCUGUGCAGGUUAACCCUGAGCCUGCCCAGUCAGACGGACCUGCAGUGGGGGAUGUUUCCUACACCUUACCUGGGUGCCGUGGGUCCUGAUGCCAACCCUGGAUCUGUAGUCUACCGGCUGUCAACGAGACAACGAGAUGGCACGCUGGGACAGCCUCAGUUCCUCCUACUAGAUGGUGGGGAGGACUGCUUCGAGGUGGACCGUCGCUCUGGGUUGAUUAGAACAACAGGACGGCCUCUGACCCCGAGCAAGGAGUACCAUCUGCAGGUCCAGGCGGUGAAUGGAGGAGACCGUAAAGGCCCACCGGCCACAGUUUCCAUCCUCGCUGGAUACCGACCACCACAGUUCACCAACUCCACCUACAGCCUGAAUGUGUUGGAAAACAGCCCUGUUGGCCAACCGACGUUUUUCUGCUUUGCAUUUCUUGUGAUGCAUGAGAAGAUGAGCCCCGAAGAGCGAGACAAAAGAAAAGAGGAAGAGGUUGUUGUCCACAUCACGGAUGAAAACGAUUGCACCCCAGAGUUUCUUCACUCCAUCUACACCAGAGAUAACAUCCCUGAGAGCGUCGCAGCUGGAACCUCACUGCUGCAAGUUCUCGCUCGUGACUGUGAUUCCGGCGUGAACUCGGAGCUCUCCUACUUCAUUCCGAGUGCCGAUUUUGACAUCACUUCCGGGGGCGUGGUCAGCCCCGCCCGUCGCCUGGACUACGAGCGGCCCAAUCACAUCUAUGAGUUUGUAGUGGUGGCGGUGGAUGCGGGGACGCCUCCUCGAACUGGGACGGCCUCUGUCCGCGUCCGUGUGGCCAACACCAACGAUGAGGCGCCGGUGUUCUCCCAGAGCGUCUAUAAGACGUUCCUCAGCGAGGACGCCGGUCCUGACACGCUGGUCGCCAUCGUUCACGCCAACGACCCAGAUGGGGACGCCGUCUCCUACGCCAUUACAGGUGGCAAUGAGGACAGCAACUUCCAGCUUGAUAACCAAAAAGGCAUCAUCAAGCUUCGGCGGAGUCCACCGCCACGGCUCAGGGGCCCGCAGUACGUCCUCAACAUCACCGCUACAGAUGACAAUGCUUCGGGUGGUCCCUAUCCACUCAGCAGCGCCGCUCAGGUCAUCGUGGGGAUCAAUGACAUCAACAACAACAAGCCCGUGUUUGAUGAGUGUCAGAAGUACAAUGCAGCAGUUCUGGAGAACCAGCCGCCGGGGACGUUCGUGCUGCGUGUGGAGGCCCACGACGCCGACAUGGGGGUUAACGGAGAGGUCAAAUACGGCAUCAUGCACAGAGACGGUGUAUCGUCUGGGUUUGAUAUCGACCCUGACACCGGCGUGAUAACCACGGCUGUGAGUUUCGACAGGGAGCGUCAGAGAGAAUUCACGCUUUCUGUGACGGCCACCGAUCAGGCCGAGGAGCCACUGAUCGGGAUCUGUCAGAUCACGGUGCUGAUCUUAGAUCAGAACGACAACGACCCCAAGUUUGAAAACAGCCGUUACCAAUUUCCCUGCACGUCCAGGAUCAACCAGCAGAUCUUGGCGUCAGACGGAGGAGACCGCAGCAGCUCUGUGGAGCUAACCGUCAUCAUCACCAACGUUCACAACCAGCCGCCCCACUGGGAGCAGCCUGAAUACUGGGUCACUGUGCCGGAAAACACCGUCCGAGAUGCCAAGAUAGUGACUGUGAAGGCAACGUCUCCGCUCGGCGAUCCGAGGGUGACCUACAAUCUGGAGGAAGGCCUGGUGCCAGAGACCAACAUGCCGGUACGGUUCUACAUCAAACCGAACAGGGCGGACGGCUCGGCAUCGAUCCUGGUCGCCGAGAACCUGGAUUACGAGAUGACGCGCUUCUUCACGCUGAGAGUGCGUGUGCAAAACGUUGCCGCCGUGCCUCUGGCUUCCUUCACCACCGUAUACGUCAAUGUAACAGACGUCAACGACAAUGUUCCUUUCUUCCUUUCAUCCACGUACGAGGCCACGGUUCCUGAAGGAGCACAUAUUGGCACGUCGGUCGCUCAGGUGUCGGCCACUGACCUCGAUUCGGGUCUGCAUGGCAUGAUCCACUACACCAUCCUGAAGGAUGAGAGCGGAGACUCUCAGUACUUUAGCAUCGACCCCGUCAGCGGCGUCCUAGUAACUCGUGCUUCUUUUGAUCGCGAACAAAAAGCGUCCUACCUGAUCGAGGUGCAGUCACAGGAUGGCUCAGAGUCCGCCCGACCGAGCCAGCAAGGCCAGCCGAACACAGACACCGCUUAUGUCAGGAUCUUUGUCACCGAUGUCAACGACAACGCCCCGGCGUUCGCCCUGCCGGUGUACGAAGUCAGUGUGGAGGAAGACAAAGAGGUGGGCUUCGUCCUCAUCACCGUCACCGCCAACGAUGAGGAUGAAGGCGCCAAUGCUAAGCUACGCUACCAGAUAACCUCAGGAAACGCCAUGGGGACCUUCGACGUGGAGCCAGAGGUGGGCACCAUCUUCGUGGCUCAGCCUCUGGAUUAUGAGAUGGAGCAGCACUACGAGCUGCGGCUGGUGGCUUCUGACGGGAAGUGGGAGAAUGAGACGCUGGUGGUGGUUCAGGUGGUCAACCGCAACGACGAGGCGCCGGUGUUCAGUCAGACCGAGUAUCACGCUUCUGUGAUGGAGGAGCUCACUCAGUUUCCUGUUUUCAUUCUGGAGGUGUCAGCAACAGAUCCUGAUCAGGAAGCCGACCAGACCGCCCUCCGUUACACCCUCCAUGGCCAGGGUGCCGGUGGGGAGUUCACUAUAGAUGAACAUACCGGAAGAAUCUACGCUCAGCGUCGCUUGGACAGGGAGGAGCGCCCUGCCUGGAGAUUCCUUGUUCUGGCCACAGACGAGGGGGGAAUGGGCCUUACAGGAUUCGCCGAUGUGCUCUUAGAGGUCCAAGACAUUAACGAUAACCCCCCCUUCUUUCCCUGCCCAGCUCUAGUGGUAGACGGGUGUUUUGUUGGUCAAGUGCCUGAAAACUCACCAGCAGACACCUCCAUCAUGGAGAUGCGUGCCAUGGACCUCGAUGACCCAAAUGAGGGCCGGAAUGCCUUGCUAACCUACAGCAUCAUCAAGAACAUUCGCAAUGAGAUCAACCUUGACCUGUUCUCAAUAAACGCCACUACAGGGACUAUCUAUACAGUCCUGCGUUCACUGGACCGGGAGACCGAGGACAAGUAUCUGGUGGUGGUGGAGGCCCGGGAUGGAGGUGGUUUGUCUGGGACAGGAACAGCCACCAUUAUGAUUUCAGACGUAAAUGACCACCCACCUAUUUUUACUCAGAGGGCCUACUCUACCCAGAUGAAUGAGGACCUGGAGGUAAAUAGUGAGGUUCUCGUCGUUUCUGCCACUGAUAGAGACGAGGGUGAGAACGCUGUUGUUACGUUCAGCAUUGUCGGUGGAGACGAUGAAAGGAAGUUCUUUGUUGAAACAGACAAAGUAAACCGACGAGGCGUGAUAAAACUUAAAAAGAAGGUUGACUUUGAGAAACACCACGAGAGGACUUUUAAUCUGACCCUGAAGGCCGAAGAUGCUGAUUUUUACAGCCUGGCCUACUGUGUUGUCCAAGUUGAAGACUCCAAUGAUCAUGCUCCCGUCUUCUUUCCGCAAUUCUAUGAGUCCGCUGCCAUGUCUGAAGACGUUCCCGUGGGAACGAUUGUUACUCAGGUUACUGCAUCUGAUCUGGACUCUGGCCAAAAUGGCCGUUUCUCUUACAGCAUUUCAAAAGAGUCUGACCCUUACAAUCAGUUCCUGGUGGACCAGUCUGGUUGGGUAGUAGUUGCUAGUUCUCUGGACAGAGAGAAAAUCUCCCAGCACAGGAUAAUGGUUCUUGCUACAGAUGCUGGUGUACCAGCCCUAACUGGCACCGCCAUCGUUAUGGUGACUGUACUUGAUAUAAACGACAAUGGGCCUGAGUUCGAGGCUCCCUAUAAACCUAUUGUUUGGGAGAACACAGCAGCGCCACAGGCUGUUCAGAUGAAUGAAACCUCCAUGCUUCUUCAUGCCAUCGACCGUGACACCUCAACUAACGGCAGCCCAUUCUCCAUCCGGCUCCUCCUGCUCACCUCCGACGCCACCAACUUUAAUUUGACAGACUUUCGAAAUGGCAGUGCGGCUAUCACAGCUCUUCGCAGCUUUGAUCGUGAGCGUCAAAAGGAGUACCGCCUUCCUAUUCUCAUGAUUGACAGCGGAUCUCCUCCAGUGAGCUCAACCAGCACGUUGACAGUUGUCAUUGGUGACAGAAAUGAUCAUCCACACUUACCUGGACACACCCACAUUGUGGUCUACAGCUAUGAAGGAAGGUUGUUUGGUCUAAACCAGAGCUCAGGUCAGCUCAGCAUCAGAGAGGGAACCCCUCCCGGCUCAUACCGCCUGCAGGUCCGCGUGUCAGACAACACAUGGCCUGACGUCAUCUCCACCGCCCAGGUGGAUGUCACAGAGCUGCACCAGGAGGCCCUGCAGCAGGCCGGCUCCAUCCGUCUGAGCAAUCUUACAGUGGAGGAGUUUUUCAGGAGUAGCAGCGGAGGUCAGGGAAGUCGUUUCUAUCGUCUGGGUCGGAUUUUGGCUGAAUUCCUGCAGACCUCGCCAGAGAACGUCCAAAUCUUCUCUUUAAGCAAAGCCGGCAAGGAGACGAAUACAGCGCUUGAUGUAUGGUUUGCUGCACACGGAUCUCCGUACUACAAGGCCGAGAAGCUGCACGGCUAUGUGGCAGCAAACAAGGCCAAGCUGGAGUCCAUGUUGGGUGUAUCCGUCUCCCAGGUGGGCGUGGACGACUGUCCGUCCACAGACUGCAGUCCGUACGGCGGCUGCAGCAGUGAGGUGUCGUUCAGCCAUGUCCCCGUAGUUCUGAACUCCGGGAACACCUCUCUGGUUUCUCUGUCGGCCUCUUUGACGACACGCUGCGGCUGCAGAGGGCGAGAGGCGACCCACCUGUCCUGCUCCGCGUAUCCCAUCAGCCCCUGCCUCAACGGAGGCACCUGCCAGGAUGGACCACUGGGAUACCGAUGCAUGUGUCCCCCCAUGUUUGACGGGCCGGAAUGCCAGCAGACCAAGCACAGCUUUGGAGGUCAGGGUUACGCCUGGUUUCCUGCCAUCAAGCCGUGCUUCCAGAGUCGCAUAUCCCUGGAGUUCCUGUCGGAGUCGGCCAACGGGCUGCUGCUCUACAACGGGCCGCUCGGCCUCACCCAACCCGGGGAGCAGGAGGACUUCAUCGCCAUUAUUGAUGGUCACGUCUCGGUUCGCGCCAACCUGGGAGACGGUGCCCAUUCGCUCCAACUCCCGGCUCAAAGAGUGGACGUCGGACAGUGGGUCUUGGUCAGCCUUGGUCGCCACGACAACACGUUCACCCUGCGGUUGGAGCAGGGAGGGGGGUCACGGGAGGUUCAGGCUCAGCUGGGGAGCCGCAGGGAGAUUGUGGUUCAUCCGGCCAGCCUGAUGAUCGGCAACAGACCGAACGCCGGAGAGAAGGCCGACUUUCAGGGAUGUCUGCGGGACGUCCGCUUCAACGGCCACGUCCUCCCUCUGGACGGGCACAGUCUGGACCUGGUGACGGUGCUGGAGAGGCGAGGGGUCACCUCAGGCUGCUCCAGCGACGCCUGCAGAAGCCAACCGUGCCGCAGCCCGCUGCGCUGCAUCGACCUGUGGAGAAAACAUCAGUGCAAGUGUCCGGGUCCGCAGGUGACAGUAACGGAUGAGUCGGGUCUCCAGCGUUGUGUUCCGUCACCCUGCGGUCCGUCUUCCUGUCGUAACGGCGGCGUAUGCCAUGCGCUCUCCCCCGACAGUUACCAGUGCCGCUGUCAGGAGGGCUUCAGGGGUCACCGCUGUGAGCUGGGGCAGGUCAAAGGUCAGAGGAUGGCCUCUCUCAGUCCCAGCUCCAUCCUGGCCAUCAGCAUGUGCCUGCUUGUCUUUAUCGUCGUGUUGGUAGCGGUGACGGUUUGGAACCAGAAAGGAAGCAGAAACAAGUUCAGGAAGCGAGGAGUUUAUCACAUUCCUGCUGAACACCAGAGCUGGGAAGACAUCCGGGAAAACAUCCUCAACUAUAACGAGGAAGGAGGAGGAGAGCAGGACCAGAAUGCAUACGACAUCACGGAGCUGAAGCGUCCUCUGUGCUCCAGUCUGUCCCAGUCGUCCUCCUGCACCACCGCCCCGCUCAUCAAGUCCUCCCCAGGCUCCCAGGAGGAGGUCCAUCCGUCCAGCUCCUCCUGCAGCUCAGGUGCUCCCUACCUCAGCAUCCCUCAUCACCACCAUCACCACCACCACCAUCAGAACGCAGUCGGCGCCGGCUGCAGCAACGACGCCAACUACGCCUGUCAGGCAGGCAGGGACAUGGAGAUGAAUGAGGCGGGCAGGUAUGCUGAUGCUCCGCCUGCGGCGCGCUCCCAUGUGGACUUUAAAAGCUACGUGGAGCGAAUCGUUUGGGAGGCGGACAACGACGGCGGCGCUUUCCCUCCAGAUGCCUACCACGUGUGGUGCGUGGAGGGGUCUGGGUCCUCGGCAGGAAGCCUGAGCUCUUUGGGGUCGGCUGUGUCCUGCAGGAGAAUGUCUGCUGGGGAGAAGGAGAGGGAGGAGGAGGAGAAUGAAGCAGGCUAUGUUUAUGACAGGCUGUCACGGUGGGGCCCCAAGUUUCAGGCUCUGAGUGAGAUGUACGACCGGCCGCAGCUGGGCCUCACAUACAGGGACGCAAUAGCCUACAUACAGAGGAGCCACAGCCAUGACCCCCUGCCUCAGCACCACUAGGGGGAGCCAGACAACCUCAGCUACUCAGUUCUAUGGUUGGAGACUCCUGCAUUCACACAAUGUCUGUUUUUUUCACAUUUAAAUCAGCUAGAUUUACUAUUAGCUUCCUUUUAGGGAAAAAUAGUAGUCUCAUUAAAUAUUUUUAUUUAAA